GGGCCUUGCGACGGUUUGAAAGCGCCUUGCGCUGGCCGGGGUGGCUCGGCUGCCGCUGAGAUGUCGGUGCUGAGGCCGAUGGACAAGCUGCCCGACCUGAACAGGGCUACGGUCUUGUUGGUGAGCACGGAGGAUGCGCUUCUGCAGCAGCUGGCGGAGUCGAUGCUCAAAAACGACUGUGCGUCCGAGCUGAGGAUCCACUUGGCCAACUCCCUCCCUUUGCCCUCCAAUGUGAACCGGCCCCGAAUUGACCUGAUUGUGUUUGUGAUUAACCUUCACAGCAAAUACAGUCUCCAGAAAGUGGAGGAGUCUCUGAACCACGUGGACAGCAGCUUCUUCCUGGGGAAAGUAUGCUUCCUUGUCACCGGGGCCGGACGGGAAAGCCACUGCAGUGUCCACCAGAACACAGUUAUAAAACUGGCCCACACCUACCGAAGCCCGCUGCUCUUCUGUGACUUACAGGUGGAAAGCUUUCGCGCAGCCACGGCACAGCGCCUGGUGCGCGUUCUGCAGAUCUGCGCUGGCCAUGUGCCGGGCGUCUCCGCGCUGAACCUGCUGUCCUUGCUGCGGAUCCCCGAGAACCCCCAUCCAAGGAGCUGUGAGCACUGCUGCCCUCCACGCGUUUGCUGCCAGCUCCAAAAGCCUCCUCUGUUAGCGACGACCAGUCAGGACCUGACAGGCCCGGAGGCAGCCUGCUCACUGCAGGACUGAACUCCACCAGAAAGUUCUGCUGGGCAGGAGUUGGGAGAGAGCCCAGCUGCUGAGACCCCAGCAGCCUCCCGUUUCUCUCUCACCCCACAGAGGCCCUGUCUCCACCUGUCUAACAUCAUAAUCCACCUAAGAUUUUGGAACAAAGAGCCAUGGCUUUAAAAAAAAAAAAAAGAAAGGAAGGAAGGAAGAAAGAAAGAAAAUGUGUUGUAGAUGCAGAAACUGACUCAGUAUGAUUGCGGGGGCAGAGUGUGGCUUCCAGGAGCCCAGGGAAAUGUCAUGUGCUGGCCCUGCAUUUCUUACGACCUGGCUGUUGCGUUCUGGUGCCUGUUUGCCUGGUGUAAGUGGAGCUGGUUCUACUCAUGUUGAGAGGAUUGAAUGAAAUGGCAGGUGGCUUGCUGCCCGAGACCACAUUGCUCCCUACGACUUGUCGGUCUCUCUGGUAGAUCACACAAGGUGUAUGCCUCACACUGUAACAGCAAUCUAACAAUCACAUU